AUGGAUGAUAGUUCUGAUGGUACGGGUGGGGAUGAUGAAAGUCAUGGACCUGGAUGGUCUGUGGUGAAAAGUAAAAUAAAAAAGAAUGGCCCUGCUAUAAGCGCCGCAGACAGCAGUGGCCGUUCUAGUGUUGAGACCGUGAAGAGGGUGAAGGUAGUGAAAGGCCCUGCUAUAAGCGCCGCAGACAGCAGUGGCCGUUCUAGUGUUGAGACCGUGAAGAGGGUGAAGGUAGUGAAAGGCCCUGCUAUAAGCGCUGCAGACAGCAGUGGCAGUUCUAGUGUUGAGACCGUGAAGAGGGUGAAGGUAGUGAAAGGCCCUGCUAUAAGCGCUGCAGACAGCAGUGGCAGUUCUAGUGUUGAGACCGUGAAGAGGGUGAAGGUAGUGAAAGGCCCUGCUAUAAGCGCUGCAGACAGCAGUGGCAGUUCUAGUGUUGAGACCGUGAAGAGGGUGAAGGUAGUGAAAGGCCCUGCUAUAAGCGCUGCAGACAGCAGUGGCAGUUCUAGUGUUGAGACCGUGAAGAGGGUGAAGGUAGUGAAAGGCCCUGCUAUAAGCGCUGCAGACAGCAGUGGCAGUUCUAGUGUUGAGACCGUGAAGAGGGUGAAGGUAGUGAAAAACAAAAGUGCCCACGGCGUGCGAGAGGAGCCCCAGUUUGUGACAACGCGCGCUGGAGAGAACGUCAUCCUGGGAUGCGACGUGGCCCACCCCCUGAACGGCCAGCCCUAUGUGGUGGAAUGGUUCAAGUUCGGAGUGCCCAUCCCCUUCUUCAUCAACUUCCGCUUCCACCCGCCUCAUGUGGACCCGGAGUACGCCGGCCGAGCCAGUCUGCACGGCAAAUCUUCUCUGCGGAUUGAGAAUGUGCGCUCAGACGACCAGGGCUGGUAUGAGUGUAAGGUCCUGAUGUUGGAGCAGCAGUACAACACCUUUCACAACGGCAGCUGGGUGCACCUCACAGUAAAUGCUCCCCCCAAUUUCACGGACACGCCACCACUGUACGUUGAGGCCAAGGAAGGCGGCAGCAUCACCCUGAGCUGCGUUGCUUCCGGCAACCCCAAGCCCUCCAUCAACUGGCUCCGGGAGGGCGAGCCCGUGGAGGACAGCAUCAAGUACAAGGUGUCUGAUGGGAGUCUGACGGUGCUGUUGGUCAGGCGCGAGGACAGAGGGGCGUACACCUGCCGAGCCUACAGCAUCCAGGGGGAGGUUGUCCACACCACACGCCUGCUUGUCCAAGGGCCACCGUUCAUCGUGUCCCCUCCCCAGAACCUGACGGUGAACAUAUCCCAGGCCGCCAAGCUGGACUGCCUGGCCGAGGCCUACCCUGGCAACCUCACCUACACCUGGUUCUGGGAGGACGACAACGUCUUUUUCAAGAAUGGCCUGAGGGACAGGGUCAGUAUUCUGGUGGACGGCUCGCUCAUCAUUGGCAGUGUGAAGCCAGAGGAUGCUGGGAGAUUCACCUGCAGCCCCAGCAACAGCCUGGGCCGGCCCCCAUCCGCCUCGGCCCAGCUCACAGUGCAAUACCCUGCCCGUGUCAAAGACAUGCCACCUGCCAUCUACGUGGCCAUCGGCCUGCCAGGCUUCAUCCGCUGCCCGGUGGACGCCAACCCACCCGCCACGCUGGUCAAGUGGACCAAAGAUAGCAACCCUCUCCGGAUAGAGAAGUACCCAGGUUGGAGCCAAAUGGAGGAUGGGAGCAUCCGCGUGACUGAAGUGACGGAUGACUCUCUGGGCACCUACACCUGCAUGCCUUACAACGCCCUGGGCUCUGAGGGUUGGUCCGAUCCCACUCCCCUGGUGCUAAAGGAUCCCCCCAAGUUCUCGAUUGUUCCCGGAGGGGAGUACAGGCAGGAGGCUGGGAGAGAACUGGUCAUCCCCUGUGCGGCUGAGGGAGAAUUUCCCUAUCCCAACAUCACAUGGAGGAAGGUAUGGAAGCCCAGCAAAAGCAAGCACAAUGUCCUCCCCUCAGGCAGCUUACAGUUCAAGUCCCUAAGCAAGGAGGACCACGGGGAGUGGGAGUGUGUGGCCACCAACGUCGCCACGAGCAUCACUGCCAGCACACACCUCCUAGUUAUUGGCACAAGCCCCCACGCCCCGGCCGACAUCCAUGCGGCGGUCUCCACCACCUGGGCCAACGUGUCAUGGGAGGCUGGCUACGACGGCGGCUUUGAGCAGACAUUAUCAGUCUGGGUGAAGAGGGAGCAGCUGGGCCCACAUGAUUGGCUGUCUAUAGCCGUGCCUUCUGGCCAGACAUGGCUGGUAGUGCCCGGCCUGGAGCCCCAGACGGCCUACCAGUUCAGUGUCCUUGCGCAUAACAAGCUGGGUACGGGCCCCUUCAGCGAGGUUGUUACUGUGAACACACUAGUUUUUCCUAUAAGUACCCCUGAACCACUGGUGCUGCUUACCCCACCACGAUGCCUCAUAGCCAAUCGGACGCAGCAGGGCGUCUUGCUCAUGUGGAUCCCGCCAGCCAACCACACGGCUCCGAUCGAGCGCUACGUCAUGGAGUUCCGCCUAGGGGAGAGGUGGGAUGUCCUGGAUGAUGCCAUCCCCGCUGGAGAGACAGAGCUGCUAGCCAGAGAUCUCAUUCAGGAGGCGUGGUAUGAGUUCCGGGUCAUAGCAGUCAUGGAGGAACUGGUCAGCGAGCCCAGUAACACAGUAGGAGUGUCCAGUACAGACUUCUUCCCACCCCCGGAAAUGGUGGAUGAGGGGGGGCUGGCGCGGCCGGUGGUGGCUGGCAUCGUGGCUACCAUCUGUUUCCUGGCAGCUGCUGUCCUCUUUAGCACACUGGCAGCCUGCUUCGUCAACAAGCAGCGCCGACGAAAGCUCAAGAGGAGGAGAGACCCCCCUCUCUCGAUAACACACUGCAGAAAAAGUGUGGAAACUCCGUUCUCCUCUGGUAAGGUGAGUCCGGAGAGCAUGCGUUCCAUGGGACAACCAUCAGAGUGUUCUGAGGACGGGCAUGGCAUGAGCAUGAAGAAGAUCCCCCCGAGUCCUGCGAAGAAGGAAGAACUCUCCCUGUACAAGAAAACCAAGCGAGCAAUAACGAGCAAAAAGUACAGCGUCUCCAAGUAUGAAAUGGAGGCAACCACGCCCAUCGAGCUGAUCAGCCGAGGCCCUGACGGACGCUUCGUCAUGGACCCCAGCGACAUGGAGAUGAUUUCCGUCAAUCCCCGGCGAAUUGAGGGCUUUCCCUUCGUCGAAGAGUCAGACCGCUAUCCCGAAUUCCGCCAGUCGGAUGAGGAGAACGAUGAUCCCGGGCCCAUACCCCCCGUCAUGGCAACCCUUCGACCUCACCAAAUCUCCCCCAUCUCCAGCCAGGAGUCUUACCUGCAGCCACCAGCCUACAGCCCCCGCUUUCAGAGGCCCAUGGAAGGUAUGACCAUCAUGGAGAGCAGUCGGCUCGAGGCCACGGGGCAGAUCCAAGGCUCCCUGCACCACAGAGCCUUCCCCCACAGCCACGGUCACUUCUACGGGUACCUUGGCAGCCCUGGGGAACCCGACCCUCCACCCCCUUUCUACAUGGUAGACACCAGCCCUCUGAGCUCUGUCAUGUCGUCACCACCUUACCAUCCCGAAGGGCCCUUUGGUCACCACCGCAUCCCUGAGGAGAUGGGGGAAGGAGAUAUUCAUCACUAUGCCGUCUCAAGCUUCCCCCUUCCCCUGACGCUUACCUCUUCCUCUCGCUCCCCGGAGAUCUGGCACAGACCCGAUUUCCCCUUUGCAAGUCUGGAAAGGCCCCACUUCAUUUUCCCACCCCACCACCCUUUGCAUCUCCACCGGGAACCUUUCUUUCCUCCUCCCCAUGUUCUUCCCCUUGGUGCUCUCCAGCCAUCCUCUCUCCAGGUGCCCUCCUACCCCGGUGUUCUGCAGCUGGAGGCCCCAAAGAGCUGUCCAGGCAAGUCUCCCAGCAAGGUCAAGCCUCAGGGCCUUCCAGUCAAGCGUUUAGCUAUGCAAGAGGCACAGAGUCUAGGGAAGUUAAGACACAAAAGCCACGGUAUGGGUGUGCCAGUUUUGCCUUACCCCGACCCAACAGUCCUCAUGGGCAGCCCUAGCACAUUCAGUAGACUGGACACCCGGUGGUUCGAGCCCACCCCCCGGCUCAGCCCCAGGCAGGCUCGUAGGAUGGAGCCUAGCAUGAUGGUCCUCCAACCUUCCCGCCUCUCGCCCCUCACCCAGAGUCCACUUAGUUCCCACGAGGGCUCCCCAGAGAUUCUAGUGCGACCGCGUCCCCGUCCCAGCUUCGUCCAGCCCUCCAUACCUCCAGAGAUGUCCGAGAUCACCCUGCUUCCACCCUCUUCAGCCAGCUUCUCCCGGAGGUCGUCUCUCUCUUCCUCUCCCGCCCAUGGUCAGGUUAGCAAGAGGGCAAGUCCCAGCUUCCGCUCCCACAUGGCCUUUGCCACCUCCGCCACAAGCUACCCGUCCCAGUCCCCGUCACCCCCCAUGGAAAGCAGCAACAUGUUUGGGCAGAUCCCAAGUGAUCCCAUUGGGCAGAUACCAUCCCAGAGGAGAACUGAGGAGGAGGUCCUUCCGUCCGAGCCCUCUCCACCCCAGUUGUCAGCUUCAGGAAAUCGUCGAGGUGAGCCGGGUGCCCCUGCGGGGUCUGAGAGGUUUGAUGCAUUGAGAUACCAACGUAUUAAAAAGGCCAAGAAGAUGAUGGUGGUCAACAACAACAACUCCAAGUCCAGAAGAAAAACAGGUGAGUCCUCUGGCGUUACCCAGCAGGACUACACCUCUCAGGUACUCCAGCCCGAAGAAGCUCUCUACCUCCGCAAGAAGAAGAAACGGCCAGUCAGACAGGACCCGUAUGCCCGCUUCUCCGCUCUGCUGUACCGCCGCCCGCCCCGGGAGGACCGGAAGGCCAUUUUGGCCAGCAUGGAUAACAUGGACCCAGACCAUGCCACUCUCCUCUGA